AUGGACGACUCGGGGAAUGUCUUGUUCGGACGGCGUCGAGCGCAGACUGGAGGCGAUCCGUAUUGCUUCGUGGAGUUUGCCGACCACAACUCGGCGGCAAACGCAUUGGCCGCCAUGAACAAACGAAAGUGCCUCGGGAAGGGAAAAUCAUGUGACGAGGGUCAUUUUCUGACACUUUGUCCGCCGUCUGAGUUUCAAAUUCGACGAUGGUCUCUGUCGGAAUGUGGAUUGGCCGCUAUCUGA